GUUCCGUCCUUAUGUCGUAUUCUUUUCAACACUGAGGCUGCGCUGGAAGAUAUCAAGGAAUUCUUGAAAGCAAGAUCAAGAUGAAGUCACUUAUAGUUUUGUCUGUUUUGUUUGCAGUGGCGAACUGCAUGGAUGUAAAAUUUAGAUCCUGCGCUAAAGAUCCUAAUCCAACAAAAAUAACCGCUGUUUCUAUCGAACCGUGCACCGAAGAACCAUGUGUCUUGCAUCGAGGCGCAACCUCUACAAUUGCAAUCAAAUUCACACCAACCGCCGACGUCGAUUCCUUGACAACCGUUGUGAAGGGAAAAAUCGGACCCCUUUGGGUACCCUUCCCCUUGGACCAACCCGAUGCAUGCAAAGGAAGCGUUACAUGUCCUUUGAAAGCCGGACAAGAAUAUACGUACAAGUUCUCACUUCCGGUUAAGCCUGCAUAUCCUCAGCUCAGCGUUGUUGUCAGUUGGGAAUUGAAAGACAAAAAUGGCAAAGAUGUUGUGUGUGUGAUGUUUCCAACAAAACUCGAAUAAAUUCUAAUAUAAAUCAUUGUAAUAUAUAUUAACAAUUUUGUUUCCUGUUUUUUCUGUGAAAAAAUAAAUCUAACAAAAUAA